CAAUCCACUAGGCCUGAGGCCGGGGGCAUUUGCAUUUGUUUAAACAUUUAAUAAUUCAAGUUUAAUGGCAAACCCGCUUCUUCUAAGAACUUUCGUCCUGCCGUCCCCUCAGCUCAAAGCCGUACACUUGAUGCCAUUGAGUUAGUUGCUUCAUUUAAUCAUUUUCCUAUCACUCUUUUAGAUCACACUCUCUUUGAUCAGAUAUUUCGCUUCUGCUCCCUUAAAGGUAACUCAUUUUUUUUGUAUGCAUGCAUCCAGAUGAUGGGGCCUGUAGAGGAGAAGGUAGAGCUUGAAUCUGAUGAGGAAAUUCCAUUCAGCUCAACACCAGUUGAAAGGAAAGUGCAUGCUUUUGGUUGUGAGGCAACUCAGAUGUAUUCAAGGGGACAUUUCGCCUACUCAUGGACUCUCAAGCAAAUGAGGAUGGGGCCUCCCUCUAGUGUUUACAUUGUCAUACUUAAAUCAAAGAUCAAUGUCUUAUUACCUUUUGGUCCCAUAGCAAUAUUGCUACAUUAUCUUACUAGAAAGCAUGGAUGGGUCUUCUUCUUCAGCUUAUUGGGCAUAACACCUUUGGCUGAACGUUUGGGUUAUGCAACUGAGCAGCUUGCUUUCUACACCGGACCUACUGUUGGGGGACUUUUGAAUGCCACAUUUGGCAAUGCUACAGAAAUGAUAAUAUCAAUUUAUGCAUUGAAGAAUGGGAUGAUACGGGUUGUUCAGCAAUCAUUGUUGGGAUCCAUCUUAUCAAAUAUGUUGUUAGUUCUUGGAUGUGCCUUCUUCAUUGGGGGAAUCAUUCACCGCAAGAUUCAGGUUUUCAAUAAGGCUGCUGCUGUAGUGAAUUCUGGAUUGCUUUUGAUGGCUGUAAUGGGGAUUAUGUUUCCAGCUGUGCUUCAUUUCACACAUACUGAGGUGCAUUUUGGCAAGUCAGAGCUUUCACUUUCAAGAUUCAGCAGCUGCAUAAUGCUAAUUGCAUAUGCUAGCUACCUUUUCUUCCAACUAAAAAGUCAACCUAAUCUCUAUAAUCUGAUUGAAGAGGGGAGGGAUAGUGAUGGAGAUUCUGAUGAGGAUGAGGCUCCUGAAAUAACACACUGGGAAGCGAUUGGCUGGCUUGCCAUUUUGACUCUUUGGGUGUCUGUAUUAUCGGGGUACCUUGUCGAUGCUAUCCAGGGAGCAUCUGACUCUUGGAACAUGCCUGUGGCAUUCAUUAGUGUCAUCCUCCUUCCAAUUGUAGGAAAUGCUGCUGAGCAUGGAAGUGCAAUUAUGUUUGCCAUGAAGGAUAAGCUGGACCUCACACUUGGAGUUGCUAUAGGAUCAUCUAUUCAGAUAUCAAUGUUUGUGAUACCCUUCUGUGUAGUUGUUGGGUGGUUCAUGGGACAACCAAUGGACUUAAAUUUCCAACUCUUUGAGACUGCUACUCUCUUUAUAACUGUGCUAGUGGUGGCAUUUAUGUUGCAGGAAGGGACUUCAAACUAUUUUAAAGGCUUGAUGCUUAUUCUAGGCUACCUCAUAGUUGCAGCAAGUUUUUUUGUCCAUGUUGACUCAGAUGGCUAGUUAUAUUGUAAAAAGAAAAGAUGGAUAAUUUUCCUAUUAGACCAUUUAUCUAGCAUUACUCAGUAAUUCCUUUUCAA